CCGCCUGGCUCUAUUCCUGGCUGCAGGGACACAGAGGGCUUUGGGGUCCUGCUGUGUGUGCGGCAGGAUGAGCUGUCUGCUCAGGACAGCCAGGCUCUCUGCUCGGUGGCUUUUUGCACCCACAGCUGCUCCAUGCCGCCGAGCCUCACAGUUCAACGUGCCUCCCAGUGCUGAGUUCGUGGCCCGGCCUGUGGGGGUCUGCUCCAUGCUGAGGCUUCCUGUUCAGACCUCAGCAGAGGGGCUGGAUGCAGCUUUUGUCGGCGUUCCCCUUGACGUGGGCACUUCCAACCGGCCUGGAGCCAGGUUCGGUCCAAAGCAGAUCCGUGCUGAGUCAGCGCUGGUGAGGAGGUACAACGCCAGCACCGGGGCAGCACCUUUUGACUCCCUGCUGGUGGCUGAUAUUGGAGAUGUGAAUGUCAACCUCUACAACCUGCCCGACAGCUGCCGCCGCAUCCGAGAGUCCUACCAGAAGAUCGUGGCCUCUGGCUGUGUGCCUCUCACUCUGGGUGGAGAACACACCAUAACAUACCCCAUCCUGCAGGCUGUGGCAGAAAAGCAUGGCCCUGUGGGGCUGGUGCAUGUGGAUGCUCACACCGACACCAGUGACAUGGCUCUGGGGGAGAAGAUCUAUCAUGGCACCCCAUUCCGGCGCUGCGUGGAUGAAGGGCUGCUGGACUGCAGCCGUGUGGUUCAGAUUGGAAUCCGUGGCUCCUCCUAUGCUCCGGAUCCAUACAAGUACUGCUGGGACCAGGGAUUCCGGGUGGUUCCAGCUGAGGACUGCUGGAUGAAGUCCCUGGUUCCACUGAUGGGAGAGGUGAGGCAGCAGAUGGGGGAUGGCCCAGUGUACAUCAGCUUUGAUAUCGAUGGGCUGGACCCUGCCUAUGCCCCAGGAACGGGGACACCAGAGAUUGCUGGGCUCACACCCAUGCAGGCUUUGGAGAUUAUUCGUGGCUGCAAAGGACUCAAUAUAGUGGGAUGUGACCUUGUGGAGGUGGCACCCAUAUAUGAUGUCUCUGGUAACACCGCCCUGUUAGGGGCCAAUCUGCUCUUUGAAAUGUUGUGUGUCCUUCCUGGAGUGAAAACAAUGUGAAGGCAGCUCCUGCCUGGCCCCCAACCCUGCACAGCAGUGAACCACCACCAGCAAGAUGCCAUCGCAGACCUUGGAUGAGGUUCCCGAUGUCCUGCUCUCCUCCAGGUGCUUUGCAGUAAGGAAUAAAUGCCACGUGCUGCUAGAAGAGGUAGUGAAGCACAGCAGCUGGGGAGAGCUGGGUGUCCUUUGGCCCAACUGCUGGUGUUGCAGGAGGGGGGUUUGGUUGCCCACAGGGUCAAUUGGAAACACAAAAGCCACCUGAUCACACAUUAAAAUAGUUUUAUUUUG